UUAGACCCAAUUGCCAUCACCAAUCGCGCAAUUGCAAAAUGCAGAUAGAUAGCUACACAUUAGCAUGCACAGUAUCCAGGUGUAGGUGUAUUAACAUGUGGCGCGGCCACACUUGGAGGAUUUGCAGGGGCAGUUUCCUCCGGCGGAGGUGGUGGUGGCGAAUAUGGUUUGUUAUCGAAAGGAGGAGAAGGGGUUGGAUUUGAAACCGGAUUGGUUGGUGGCGUAUAGAGGUAUUGAAUGGGGGAAGGUGGGGUUGGUGAAUUGAAAUUGGGGUUUGGGAAUGUGGUUCGCGAAGGAAUGAAUGCAAGACCAAUCGGAACAUUGUGGUGACGACGGCGUCGGAGUCCCAUUCCGAAAACAACGAGCAUGCGACUGUGAAGAUGAACGAGGAUUGCAGAGUAAAGAAAAGUAAUUUUUUUCAAUUUUUUAUAUUUUAAAAAAUAUACUAUGUUUUAAUGGUAUUAAUUAGUUUUACAUUACCGGCUACUAACCAUUGUUAUUUUUUUAAUCUCUUUGUUUAUGCACACAAAAUGGAAUUUACGUAUUAGAUUAAUAUGUAACGAAAGAUUAUAUAGAUUGAUAUUUGUUUGUAAUAUCAGAAAUUAGUAAUUGAUGGGUCUUCGUGUGAGGCCCAAUUACAAUUAGUAGUAGAAGAUGAUCUAUUAUAAAGCCCAAUUAAGAAGAAGAUGAACGACGAUGAAAAAAUUGACACUGACGGUCCAGAAACGAUCUCUAUCCUUCAUCAUCGGUCCAAGAACAAAGAAGCAACAUCCACCACGUCCCUCAUCAUAUAAGCUUCAUCCCUUAAUUAGCGCCUUUAAAUAGACAUAUAAGAAGAUUCAAAUCAAGAACACCAUUAAAGUUAGUUCGUCCUUCUUCUCUGCUUUUCCCUUAGAUAGGUAGAUUCUCUUAUUGCAUGGUUCAUGCAGUCAGUGUGAAGAAGUGCUAAUCUCGAUUAAGCGGCGAGCGGUAAAAUGGAAGACUUAGUGUGUGCAGCACAGCGCAACAUGGGGACAAAAGUGACGUUUCAGUUUCAAGAAAGGUAUAAUUUCCAGCAAGAAAGAAUGUCUGGUGAAGCUAUACGUGUGGAGAGAGCAAGGAAGCAAAGUGUCAGCCAUGGGUUCAAAUUGGAUGAUGGUCACGUCAAGAAACAAUCACGUCUUGGACUGCCAUUCAAAGCUUUACCUGCUAAAUUCAAGGAACAAAUUCAUUCAAUUUCCGAAGAUCAAAUGCAUGCAAAUUAUGUACCAGUAUAUGUGAUGCUCCCAUUAGAAGUUGUUACAAAUAAAAAUGUCUUAGAAGACAGAGUAAAACUUGAGAAACAACUGAAGAAGCUACACGCAGCAGGUGUCGAUGGAGUUAUGGUUGACGUCUGGUGGGGCAUAGUAGAAUCCAAGGGGCCUGGACAAUAUGAUUGGUCCGCUUAUAGGACCUUGUUUCAAUUGGUUCAAAAGUGCAAAUUGAAGUUACAAGUUAUAAUGUCGUUCCACCAAUGUGGGGGGAAUGUGGGGGAUUCGGUUUUCAUCUCACUACCCAAAUGGGUCCUUGAAGUUGGAGAAAAAAACCCUGAUAUCUUUUACACCAACUAUAAAGGUAUCAGGAAUAAGGAAUGUUUAUCCCUCGGGGUGGACAAAGAAUCUGUGUUUCAUGGACGAAGUCCGAUUGAGCUGUAUAGAGACUACAUGAGGAGCUUCAGAGAGAAUAUGGACGAGUUUCUUAAAUCUCAGCUCAUGAUAGACAUUGAGGUAGGACUUGGCCCUGCAGGAGAACUCAGAUACCCCUCUUACUCACGCAAACUGGGGUGGGUAUUUCCAGGUAUUGGAGAAUUUCAGUGCUAUGACAGAUAUCUUAAAGCUGAUUUCAAAGAGGCUGCAACAGAGGCAGGUCAUCCUGAGUGGGAGCUGCCAGAUAAUGCUGGAAAAUCGAACGAUAUACCGGAAUCUACAGAAUUUUUCAAAUCAAAUGGAACUUAUCAAACAGAGAAAGGCCGUUUUUUUCUGACAUGGUAUUCCAACAAGUUGUUGACCCAUGGUGAUGAUAUCUUGGAUGAAGCCAACAAAGUAUUCCUUGGUUGCAGAGUGAAAUUAGCAGCAAAAGUUUCCGGAAUCCACUGGUGGUAUAAAACAGAAAGCCAUGCUGCAGAGCUUACUGCGGGAUAUUACAAUUUAUAUCAUAGGGAUGGAUACAGACCCAUAGCAAGGAUGCUUUCCCGACAUAAUGCUAUUUUAAAUUUUACUUGUCUUGAGAUGAGAAAUAAUGAGCAACCAAUUGAAGCCCAAAGUGGAGCUGAGGAACUUGUCAAGCAGGUUCUUAGUGGCGGUUGGGCGGAGAAGAUUGAAGUUGCAGGAGAAAAUGCACUCGCAAGAUAUGACCGUGAAGCUUAUGAACAAAUCCUUUCAAAUACUAGACCGAACGGUAUUGUCAAAUUUGGCCAUCCAGCACGAAAAAUGUAUGGCGUGACGUACCUCCGUUUAUCAGACAAGUUAAUGAAGCAAAGAAACUUUGACAUAUUCAAAGCCUUCGUGAAAAAGAUGCAUGCAAACCUGGAUUACUGUUCGGACCCGGAGAGGUACUAUCAUUUCACAGAACCUAUGGAGCGAUCAAAGCCAAGGAUUCCAUUAGAGAUUCUUCUGGAAGCAACCGAACCAUUGGAGCCUUAUCCAUGGUUAAAGGAAACGGAUGUAACCCGACGUGUGCUUGCUGGUUUUCUUCAUUACAUACUUGGUAUUGUUUUACGCAUACUCAGAAUAAAAGUAAACUAGAAAGGGAAUGUAAAAGAAUGAUGUAACAGAAAAAAAAUGGAAAGGAUGAAAGGAACAGCUAGAUAUGAAAAAUUGAUUGUUUUCUUCUAA